AGGGAAACCUUUGGAUCGGUGUUUCCUCGGUGCGGCAGUGAUUCACCUGUUUGUACAAAUGAGACGCUUAAGCGGAUGAUUAAUGUAACAUGCACUGACUAUAGGGUCGAAUGUGAGCCUCAGCCCCACGCAGACACACGCACAGUGGAGCUCCGCCACAGCCCGCAGCUGCAGUGACGGUAAACAGAGUAAGGUAGCGCAUGGGCAGCCAGCAGGGAAUUAUUCCACAUCGCAUCACAUCCCUGAGCAUACAUGGCGUCCUCACACACACCGAGCCAUGAAUUCAGUGUGUGAGCUGAAGGGGUAGUCGCCAAUAUUUUAUUUUUUAUUUUUUUAUUUUUUAUUUUUUUAUGUUGCAGCCAUCAUUCUUUGCGUCGGUGUGCAGCAGCAGCAGCAGCAGUAGCAGUGAAGGGGACAGACAUUCAGCAGCUCACAUUGCUACAGUAGAGGUAUCAUUUUUCGGGAUCAAGACGAUGGAUGCGGGCUCAUCCGACUCUAUUCCUGCAAAUAACGGCGGACGGGCGCAUUCUGUCUCUAUUCCAAACGCAUCCACGUCUCCCGUAUGUUGCAAGGUGUCUUUGAAAAAGGAUACGGACCUCAGGGGGAAAUGAGAAGGAAGGUCUAUUUUGACUCACGCCUGUCGAGAUGGAGGCACUAUUAAGAAGACCCACCCAUUCAAGAUCAAACACGCCUCAUUAAAUCAUUAAGGAUAAUUGUGAUUCCACGUCAGAGCGAGAAGGCAGCAGCUCUCAUAAAAGCUGUGACCUGCAGUUUUGUUUUCUAUGAGCACUGUAUCAAAAAGGAGGUUGAUCGCACCAUCGAGCCGAUGUAGAAACUGCUCCCUCAGAUUCCCACAGUCUCUACUCUCUGGAUUUCAGCAUUCAGUCAAAUCCACCAGGACAGAGUAUGCCAUCUGCACCUUUUCACAGAAUCCUACGACCCCUUCUGAUUGGCACGUUCAUUCUGGGAUGCUUUGUGACUCUGUUUUUGAUGUAUUUUAAACCAUCCACCAGCUGGUUAUCAGGGCCUGUAGAGUCAACAGUAUCCACAGACCGGGUCAAGAACCUCUUUUCCACCAGGAGUGACAAGAACGUGACCACAGUUCUGAUCUGGCUUUGGCCCUUUGGACAAACCUACGACCUGAGUGUCUGCAGCUCGCUCUUCAAUAUCGAUGGCUGCUUCAUCACAGCGGACAGGAAUCUUUACAACAAGUCAGAUGGGGUCGUCAUCCAUCACAGAGACAUCUGCACAGACCUGUCCAACCUGCCCCCACUUCAGCGACCAUCCUUCCAGAAGUGGAUAUGGAUGAACCUGGAGUCCCCGUCGCACUCGUCCCAGCUUCCUGGGAUCGAGAACCUGUUCAAUCUGACUCUCAAUUACCGUCAGGAUGCUGACAUCGAAGUGCCUUAUGGGUCCAUUGUAGCAGCAGAGGGUGAGGAGGACUUUGUUCCGCCCAGCAAAAACAAGCUGAUCUGCUGGAUUGUGAGCAACUGGAACCAGGACCACGUGCGGGUGAAAUACUACAAUGAGCUGUACAAACACAUUGAGGUUCACGCGUAUGGACAAGCCUUUGGGGAAUACAUCGCAGACCAAGACUAUUUCCCUACCAUCGCCAGUUGUAAGUUUUACCUGGCGUUUGAGAACUCCAUCCACAAGGACUACAUUACUGAAAAACUGUACAACCCCCUCUCAGUGGGGACCGUGCCAGUGGUUCUGGGCCCGCCCCGGCAGAACUACGAGAACUUUAUCCAGGGAGACGCCUUCAUCCAUGUGGACGACUUCACCUCGCCCAAGGAGCUGGCUGAUUACCUGCUCCUUCUGGACAAGAACGAGGAAAUGUACCUCAGGUACUUUGAGUGGCGACGGCACUUUAAAGUAAAGAAGGCCUAUUUCUGGGCAGAGCACACAUGCCUGGCCUGUGAUUACCUGCGUAGGCACAAAGAGUACAAGGCGUUCAAUAACCUUGACAAGUGGUACUGGGGCGGAUAGUACUUUGAAGGGCUAUGCAGUGCUUGUUUUGUUGUUGAAGGCAGUGCUUUAAGAUUUUUGUCCUUCUCGUAACUUGAAGGUUCAUUAUUGUUCUGUUGAGAGCCCCUGAAUAAUGUAUUUUUUGUUGGUUGAGUGGCACAGUGAGACAUCCAUUCCUUAUUUUAAUUUGCAAGCCAAUUUAGCUAAGCCUUACUUUGCCUUUUAGGUUAUUUUUUAAAUUUAUUUUGCUUAAAUUAAAAAUGCACUACUUUUUUUUUUUACUGUUAUGUAAACCCAUAUUUUGCUUAACAUGACCACAUUUGCUGCUAAUUUUUACGUUUUUUUUUUUUUUUUUUUCUGUGUGAAUGCUAUGAUGUAUGGAUGUUGCUGUGUAACAGAUGACAUUCAUAUAAUCACAUUAAUUUAAGAUGUGGCACAUGGUGAACCUUAAAAAAGUGUUGAGCAGAAGGACACUGACAUUAAUGUUGAGUCAGUGAAAAUAUUUAUGUAAUAUUUAUUCAAGUGAGGCAUUAUAUGAUAAAAACAAUCUCAUUUGUGCUAGUGAUGCAGUCACCUAUGCAGUGUUUACUGAACUCAAAUGUGAAAGUAGUUCAAUUGUGUCAUGUACAUAUAUUGUGUAUUUUUUGAAUUAUGUAGCUAUCAUUUUUCCAUAUUUUUGUAAGUUUGCAUUUGCACUGCUAAUCCAACUGUUACCUAUCUUGACAUAUGUACAGUAGGACAGCCGGUCAUUGAAUUGUGUAGUUGUACAUAGCAUAUGGUGAUCAUUACCCUGGUAGUCUCUGACAGCAGAUGUGACACUGCUUUGUGAGAGGGAGGUUACUAUUUUAAUCAUACUGUGAAUCGUUCAUUGUCACAUGUGAUGUGUCACAGUGCAGUUGGAUUCUGUGUGGAUGAUGAUACAGUACAGUGCAGAACUAUUGUACUGCAGACUCCUCCACACAUCGCUGUGUUGCGUUGUGAUUUCAUCCACUGAUGUCUGUAAUAUUUAUCCGAAUACAGUGAUAGAAAAGAGCACAAAUUAGCAUACGAUUGAAUCUUUUAUUAUGCUGAUUUAUGUGUGUACUGUGCUCUCAUUACAUAAGGUAACCUCAAAUAUUUACACUGAUAUUUUCAUCUGUUUCAACCUGACGUUAUAAAAUGGAUGAAGUGAGUGUAAAUUAGAGGGAAAUAAGAGCAGGUGAGAUCUGCAUAUAUAGGUCAUUCUACUGAAUUAGAGCAAACUGCUGUUCCAUGACCACAGAAGAAAAAAAAAACAUUUAAAUUGUGUUUAAGUAAGAAACUUAAGAUGUCCACUAACAUCCCUCCAUUUUCUAAUGCUGCCAUUCCCACAAAGCAUCAGAGAUUUUUGUUUUGCUGGGUCACCAACUGUCAGAGGCAAAUUCAUGAAGUUAAUAUGAUAACAGAUGAAGAGUUUAUAAAUGCUGACCUAAAAUAAAGUAGUAAUAAUAUGAAAGUAGCAUAAAAACAUACUAAGAUAAAUGUAAUAGCUUUGUGAUAUGACAAAAAAUAAUGUAAGUGAAAAAUGAUGUAAAAGGAUGUAACAAGACAAGAUGAGAAUUAAUGUAAAAGAAUAAUUUAUGACAUUUUGCUGUAAAUUCCGGUCUUAAGGUGAGACAUUUCCCUAGUGGGUCUCAAGCUCAAACACCUUUGUGAACCACUGGUCUAACGAAACCCAGAAUUAUAUGUGAGAUAACAAUAAAGUUAAUACUGAUAAAAUAAUAACAAGUUUAUAUUUUACUAUAAUUUCUGGAACCAUCUGCUGCCUUUUCUGGGUGCAUGAUGACUGUUAUGGUCAUACAAUUUUUACAUACUUUCAAUUUUAUCUCCAAGAUGCAAAUCAGCCCAAUAGACUGUUUAUUCCAAAAAAAACCCUGGAGUUUGGCAUAUCUUGUUUUCACAUCUUGUUUUUGGAAAGAGAAGUGCCCAUAUUUGGAGCUAAUGCUAAUGCUAACUCACUUAAAACACAGACAACAUCAAACAAUACUCAUGAAAAAUACUACCAAGUUAUUUCAGAUACAUGAUAAAUGUUAACAAAUGCAGGGGAAAUUUCUACAAUAACGUAUAAACACAGUAAUCAAUGUAGCUGCAAUAAUUAGCAGACUGGCAGAAAGACCUGCUAAUAGGUGUGCAGUCACAAAUUAAUGCUAACAUAUGCUAAUGUCACUGUGUUACACAACAGGGCAGGUAUUAGAAUGAAGUACAAGUACAGUCUUGUUUGUGUAACUUCUCAACCACAAAUACAGUAAAACUGUCUAUCAGAGAAAAAAUAUUAUUUGAUAAACAAAGGCUCAAAAUGUUAGACAAAGCUAGCUUUCAGUAGUUGACUAGCUGUGACUGUCCGUGAACAGGGAGAAUAAAUCCAGAGAAUAAAUCAGUUUUUUGUACCAGGCUUAAAUGUAAUGUUUAUUUCUGCUCUAAAUCAUGUGGAUUGACUCACUUUUUGGGAUCAGCCUCAAGUGGCCAUUUUAGGAACUGCAGAUUUUAUAAACUAUAAUGAUUGCUUUAUUUAAAAAAGAAAAAAGAAAAGGGGGCAUUAUAAUGAACAUAUUUAUGGACUUAAAGUCACACUGUCGUUGAUGUUGCUGUAUUGUUGAUGUCAUAAUAUUAAGGUAACUGUUCUAAUAGAUAAUUGAGGGUUCUUAUGAAACAGAUUUACACACUGAUGUUUGUUAUUCAGUUGUGGAACAGCAGGUUGCAUUCAUUUGGUAGAGUUUAGUUAAAAUGGGAAAGUAAUGAAGUUUCACGAUUCCAGCACUAGAUUACUAGAUUUGUGUUUAAAUCAUUCUGCAGUGUCAUUUGGGGAGUUGCAUGUAAAAGCAAUUUUUCUGGAUUUCUGUUUACACCCUGUUUACAGUGUGGCUUGGCAGCAAACCUUCAGCACUCAAGAUCACACUACAACACAACAGCUCGUCAUCUGUAGAUAUCACAUCACUUUUCAAUGUCAUGCAGAUACUGAACAGUACAUCUCAGCAGCACUCAGCAGCUAUUGACAUGAUGGUUAAGUUUUUAUAGACUGUACUGUGCAAAACCAUGUCAACAUUUUAUGCAAGACAAGCCAAUAGCUUCUUGGUCAAAGUUCUCAAACGUGUUUCAGGUUAUUAUCAUUUUGAUAUUUCUUCACUGUCAAAGGGACCACUGAUGUAAAAUAUAAUGAAUUCAAUUAUUUUUCUUAUAGAAUAUGGUUCCAAAUGCCAUAGUUGUAUAUAUACGGUAAACCUUGUAGUGAACAGAGACAUCACCUGGAUCAAAGUAGCUCACUGACACAAACCAUUCCUGUAUGUGCACCACAGUAAGAGAACUCAAGCACUGUUCUCAUUUAUCUCAGAAAAGAAACAAUGUGUUGUAUAUAUUUUUAAUGUUCAGAUCUCUUUAUAUCAUGCAAGUGUUGUGAGACAGUGAAUGUUCUUCACUGUGCAGAUGUAAGUAAUGUUGGUGCGUCAAGAGGCUGUUAAUCAAGAAUGGAAAGAGAGAGACACUUUAAAGGGUAACCAGCAUAAAAAGCAAUGGUUUAAUUGUGAUGAGGUGGGCAUGUCCACCAAGAGAGGCUAUUUUACACAAAAUGGUUUUUUGUUUUGUUUUUUGGUGAAUAAUCCUGUUCUGUUGGCAUGACCUAAUUGUAAAACUCAUGCCAAAAUGCAGCAGAGAUAUAGCACUUUUAUUCAUUUGGAGUUGUGUGACUCACUGUGCUGAUGGCUGUCUUCUGAAGCUAUUAUGAGUUCAAUAAGUGUCAUCUGAAACCUCAGCUGUCCCACAGAUUACCUAUGAAACUGCCAUUCAUGGUUUCAUAUUGUACAGUCCAAUCUGAUGUAUGAGUACAAAGGUUUCUUGUCAAAUGUGGUUGGUGACUUUAAGGAACAAUAUUCUUUGUUUCUGUCCAUGUUGUAUGUACCUCUCAUCCUCUUUCUUCUCUUUUUGCACAAAAACAAACAUGAAGGAGCUGUGGCUCCUCUGUCCCCUUCAAGUCUGUGAAUGUGUCACAGCACCAGAAAGUGAAUCAGGAUGUCUCUGGAUACUGUCUGACCUGGCACUGACAUUGCUGGCGUCCUUAAAAAACAAUGUACAGAGUGGGAUGAAAUCUUUGUGUGUGGCUGAAGCUGAAGAUUUCUUCAGAAAUGCGCAUUUUCUGCCAGUUCACUGAAAUAAUCAGUGAGUCAAUCAGUACAAGUUUUUUGCCAAAUCAUUGUAUUUUGCCAAAUGUUGUGUUUUAAUUGUAGAUGUCUGAUAGUGUCAAAGAAAAUAAAGAUAUGGACAAAUGAGCAAA